UUAACUUCAAGCUUCAAGUCGAUAUGGUAAAGGAAAGAUUGUAGCCAGCGGUGUUUACAUUGAACACAGGCUCAGUUACAGUUGUCUCCUUUUCCUUAUUUACCCUAAAACAAAGGCAGAUACUAGCUGCUAUUCAUGCCAACAAAUGGAAAAACACCUUCCUUCACACUAAAAGGAAAAGACAAUGGGAGGAACUUUUCCUAUUCCCAUGACUACGACACAAACUUCAAGUGUGGCAGGAUAUUGAGCAAUCAAUGUAAAGAAACAAUUCCAAAAAGCUUCAUAUAAACUGUGGAUUCAACAGUACAUAACAUUUAUUACUGUAUAUGAACAGCUACAGUUUUAUUUCCCACGACAUCCCUUCAUGCAAGUUAAUAGUUUCAUUCACAUAUUUUGCACCAACAGUCACUGCCUGAUGGAGCUCAAAAACACACUUUUUAACAUCGAAUCCAAAAUGGUUUUUAUCAUAAUCAAGGUAGGGUGGAUGGGUCAAGGCAGGUAGAUGGCACUUGUUUCAUAAGAGAUCAACGUCAAGUAACAUCAAAAGCCGUAUGUUAUUUAUCUGAUACGGCCGCGAGUAAGUCAGAAAUAAUUAAUCCAGAGUUUAAAGUGUUAACACCGAAGCGUCUGAGCCACUCCUGUUUACUGAAAUCUAAAUAUUUUACUCUUUCCUAAACAGUGCGUGAUCCUGCACUGCUCCAGAAACCGUACAGGCGUAAGGAUGGUGUUCCCAUAUGGAUUUUAUUUCCCUUCAUGGCCAGUAAUGUGCUGGAACAUGAAAACAAAACAGGACAGUUUGUGGUUUCAAGUAUGACGAUGGCGAGAAAAACAACCAGCAAAAUCUAGUUUCCAGAGAAGCGUUUUUCCAUUUGUAUGUAUAACUCUCUGCCCUCACAUAACUUGUAUAUGAACACACACACACACACACAGUGAAAUACUGAAUUAGAUACAUAUUGUUAAUGAUUUCAUGUCUGUUAUUGUGCUUUAUUAGCAUGCUGUACAGUAGAAGCAAGGAUGAAGACACAUUUGUUAUACACACACACACACACACACACAUACACACAACCCAGUAUCUAAGUAACAUAAACUCUAAACCCACACACAUCUGCCAUGAGAGUUAUGAUGGAAGUGAUAUUUAUACUACACUAAUGACGCAUGGCUUGUUCAUUCAUGAACCUCAUUACCGUCACACACACACAUGCAAGCAUUUCCACUGUGUUCAUUCAGCAGCAGCAGACAAACACAGCAACAAAAAGAGCAGCGAUGCUUAUUGUCAGCUCACACGGCAGCUGUGUGGACAGAGCAGUGUGCAACCUCAGUGCCCAAAUGCAAAAUGAUGAAGAGCAAACAUCACACAGUAAUUUGAAAUAGCUUAAGGUUACGUGUACCAACUUAAGAGCCAGCUAAAACAAAGGCUAUUGCAUUUGCCAUGUGACACCAUCAUGAAGCUACUUUCAGUGACAGUCCCUUUAUGUGAGAAAGGAAAUCAACAAAUAAUUGAUGAAUGCAUUUUGAGACAUUGGUGUUUUAUGUUGUGUAACACUAGGACAGCAAACUUUAUUUGCUUUAUUCAAGUUCUACAAAUUACAACUGCACAAUUCCACCUUCAUGGUGGCCUGCCUGCUUGCCAUGAAGCACACUGUUAGCGAGUGAAUGUUUUCACCCUCGUAAUUAUGUGCAUAAUUAACUGGUUUGCAUUAGCAACAGAGGUUUUUGCAUGAAAUUUGUAAAAAGCGGGGAUAUAACGUGCUUCUGCUUCUUGGUCAGGAGCAGUUGCACAGCAAUCAGUGGACACUUCUGUAAGUUAGUGAUCCCGGCCAAGAAAUAGUCUGGCUACAGCAAGCUGUUUUUACACUUUGAUUUUUCAAACAAUUCAGAUCGAAAGCAGAGCUUUAGAGGUGCUCGUGGACAGAGAAGGGAGCCAGGCUAGCUGUUUCCCUCUGUUUCCAGUCUUUGUGCUAAGCUAAGCUAACUGGCUGCUCGCUGCAGUUAUAUGUUUUUCUUGAAUUGUUGGCAAGAAAGGUAAUAAGUGUGAGUCCUAAAACACUGAACCACUCCUUCACAUUGAUGGGAAACUUGUUCAUCUGUCACUUUUUCAGCAUCUUGUCAACAUUUUCCAUGUCAUAGUUUAAAAAAACACAGAUUGUACAUAUUGAUUUAUCCAUCAGCCACUGCAGCCAGCUGACAGGCAUUCAUUUUCCACCCUGAGCGUGAAAUGUAGCAUGUAACAUCUCUCUUCUUGGGCCUGUUUACAUCUCCUCAUGGUUACUGAAGCAUGAACUUGCAUUAGCGAGGGGCCUGAUAAUAUUAAUAACCCUGAAUAACUAUUUAUGAAGCUUUGAAAAAGUCGGCAGGCUUUCAACUCGAAGGACUCAGCCAAGAAACACCGUCAGACAUGAGAUGAAACAAUGUUCCUACCGACCUCUCCAGGAGAAUCUGCACUUUACAAACUAUUACGUACAAGCCUGUGCAAGCUCUACGUCAGACACACCAGUUUCAGGGUGCACUUGUUUCUAUCACCCAGGCCAGUGCAGCAGUAGGGAUGAACUGGUCGGGACUGGAGAGCCUGUUGAGUGGAGUCAAUAAGUACUCCACUGCGUUCGGGAGGAUCUGGCUGUCCAUGGUGUUUGUGUUCCGUGUCCUGGUGUUUGUGGUGGCGGCGCAGCGGGUUUGGGGCGACGAGAGCAAAGAUUUUGUGUGUAAUACUCGACAGCCUGGCUGUACCAACAUCUGCUAUGACCACAUCUUCCCCAUCUCCCACAUCCGUCUGUGGGCGCUGCAGCUGAUUUUUGUCACCUGCCCAUCUCUGAUGGUGAUGGCUCACGUUAAAUACCGCGAAGGCAAGGAUGCAAAAUAUGUGGUGCUGCACCAAGGCUCUCACCUGUACAGCAAUCCAGGCAAGAAGAGAGGGGGGCUGUGGUGGACCUACCUGCUGAGCUUGGUGUUAAAAGCUGGAUUCGACACAUCGUUUCUUUAUAUUCUGUACCGGAUAUACCAUGGAUAUGACCUGCCCAGGUUAUCAAAGUGUUCACUGGAUCCAUGCCCCAACACGGUUGAUUGCUUCAUAAGUCGUCCAACGGAGAAGAAGAUCUUCAUGCUGUUCAUGGUCGUGUCCAGCGCGCUGUGCAUCUUCAUGUGCAUCUGCGAGAUGAUUUACCUCAUUGGCAAGCGCAUCUCCAAGUUGCUAAGGGUCCGCCACGAAAAUGAGAGACUCCUGUUUGCUGAGCAGCAUGAGCUCACCAACAUGGCCCCACCAAGGUCCCAGUAUCGUAAGACUGAUCCAACGCUGUCAGAGAGCCAGAUGAGUUUAAACAGGAGAGAGAAGAUCAAACCAAACAGUACAAUUACGACCUUGUAGCACUCAAAGGUCACUAAAACGUGGCUUUGUUUCUAAUGGGUGGGAGCACAACAGGAGCACAAGUUACCUGAUAAAGUUCUUAAAGCAAAAGACUGACAAAAGGGCGGAUCCUGUCGCCCACCUGAACAUGAACCCUUCAUGACUCUCACACUGGCCCGCUGUAUGUUGUAGAACACUGUUAAAGAAGACUACUAAAGUGUUACUAUGUUUGGAUAUGAUAUUUCUGACUUGUGCCAUAGAUCUGAUCACAUUAUGGCUGACAAUACAAAGAGACACAUCCAGGAGCUGGCUUUUAUAGCCCAAAUGGAAUCUGAUGCUGUGUGUGAGGGCACUGUCUUUUGACUGUUGAUCAUGAAUCAACGUCAAUAUGUGGUUUUAAUUAAAUGUAACAUCUUGAUGUAAGUAGUGUAAAUGGCUGUAGUAUCGUCAACGCUGUUUAUAGCUUUAUUCUUGACACUGAGAUUCAAGGUUAUUUCAUUUCCAUUGUGUAUUGUGAGUAAAGAGAGUGAGCCUGAAGCUGUAGUCUUACUGUACAGGCGGGGUUUGAUCCCCAGACACAGAGCAGACUACUUCUGUUUUGACUACGAGUCAACUGGAAUGUCAUCAAGUGGUCCAAUAGUUUCUAUUAAGACUUGAUAUUAUUGACCCUUUUAGUUCUAUAGCUGAUUAGUUGUAAAAAAAAAAAAAAUGCU